CAAAACUACUAGAGGAUUACCAAAGCUUGUCUUUGCAUCCACGUGUUGCUUUGGUCAUUUAGUCCUCCUUUUGUUUUUAAAUGGCAUUUGUUGGAAGAACCCCCUUAUAGAGGACUGGAGUCAGCUACAGAACACACCUAUGGAUCCCAAAGAAGAUCUCAUGGACAGGGACAUCACUCUGACUGUACUGCUCCCAGGAGGACAGGAGACCACAGCCACAGUGCAUGGCAGUAAACCAGUUAUGGAUGUUCUGGUUACACUGUGUGCUCAACACCAUCUCGUUCCAUCAGAUCAUGUCAUUAAGCUUAUUUCCACAAAUCAAAACCACAUCAAUUUCAAACCCAGCUCCAUUAUUGGCUCUCUUGAAUUUGAAAGAGUUGUUCUGCAAACUAAAGGAAGUGAUAACAAGAAGAAACCUCAUGUUCCUGUGGCAACAGUUCGUCUUCUGAUAAACUACAAGAAGUCCCAUAAGGCAGUAGUACGGGUCAAUCCUACAGUGCCGCUGGCUGAACUGAUGCCCACAGUGUGUGAGAAGUGUGAGUUUGACCCUGAUGCCACCAUCUUACUGAGGACAUAUCAAUCAGAGGAACCUCUGGAUCUCACCAAAACACUCAAUGACUAUGGAAUCAGGGAGCUGUAUGCCAACGACAUUAAAGGUGGUGAUGAAGAACAGAAAUCCCCUGUUAAAGAAAAGAACCACAGGGAGAAGGGAGACAAAGGUUUCUUUGGAUUAUUCAAGAAGAACAAGAAAACACCUGAGCAGGCUGUGAUUGGCAGUGCUCCAAACUCUCCUGAAAGGAACGGUCAAUGUGCGGACAGGGUGAACGGUGUUAAUGGCCACUUAACCUUACCCAUGGUCAAUGCCGACAUGCCAAAGAAGAGACGCGCUCCACAGCCUCCUAUGACGGUGUCCCAGAGUGUCACUUGUGGACUUACCACCAGAGAUUUUUCAGACAUAUCAGAGAGUGACUCUACUGGAAAACAGGGUCAGCUCAGUCCUAUCUCUUCCACUGAGUCCUCCCUUAAAAGGACUAAACGGUGAACUCCGCCCCCACCAUCUGAUUCAGAUAACAAAGUAGAGGAAGCUCAAGGGGAUGACAAGAGUUCAGACAAAUACAGAGCUUGCAUUGCUGACCGCUGCCCUGCAAUUGCUAAAGUAAUGAGUGAACUUGCAGAAUCUCUGCAGGCACGGCAACAGAGAACCCUAUCUUCUGUAAAUUCUUCUAUAUCCCAGAAUCAGCUAGCAGAAGAUUCUUCUACAGGUUUGUUUUCUGAGCAUCACACCCCUGAGGCUGAGCUUAAGGCACUUUCUGGCUGUCAGCUGCUGAGAAACCCCUCUGAGAGAGAAGGUUUGACCACCUUCACUGUGGUUCCCCAGAGACGUCAGCAGAGCAGGCAGUGUUUUGAGGUGCCACUAACCUUACAGACACCCGACACUGCUAAAGCCGAACAAGAGCUGUGCCCUGGAGACCAAGAUGCUCUUGAGAUCCCCACCACAGAGAUUUUGGAAGCAGUCACAACUGAACCUUUCAGAAAUGCGUGCAAGCGUUCAGAUAAAAGUGAGCACUUAUUAGAGGUUCUACAUCUACAGCAUGUGAAGCAAGAGAAUCCAGCUUGUACAGAUGUAGAGAGUGAGAAUUUGGAACUUAAAGAUGAAGAGGACCAAUGUAUUCAUCUAGAAAACAUGGAGCUUGAGAGCUUAAAAUCACUCCAAAGAGGCCUCGGUGAUCUAGAACAUUUAGGCAGCACAAUGAACAAUCUAGAACUAAAAGACAGUUGGGCUAACCCUUCGAAACUUGCUGAUAGGUCACCAGUCAAUCCAAAUACACAUCUUGUGGAGCAAGAGGAGAUGGAAGAGCAUGCAUUGGUGGAAACUGGAGAAGAAAAGGAUUGGGUAGAAGAAUACAAAGAGAGGAGAAGGAAGUUUCUAGGUGGUGAUGAUGGUAUGAAAAAAUUAGAUGUUUGGGGAAGGAUUCAGAAAGAAUUUACGAACACGCAAGAAGAAAAAACAAUACAAGAAAUGGACUUCCCAUCACCUCCACCACCUGUCUGGUGGGAUGAGAAUAAUGGUGAAAAUGAAGAGGAUUCGAGCGAGCAAGAAAUGCAGACCUGUGAUGAAGACCUUGACCAAUGGGCAAACUUAGACUCAAAGCCCAAAUAUGCACCUUAUCCACAAUACGGCACACCAAAAGCCCACUCUCCCCAAACUAACACUGAUCUGAACAUCUCUAGGGCUUAAAACCAUUGCAGCUUUGAUCCUGAACCUCACAGAACUUCCUUUUUAUCUGAAUCACAUUCAAGCUUUGACCCCUACCCUCCUGCAACAGUGUCUCUUUUCGCCUUGGCUGUAUUUCAGAAGGCUAAGCGCUCCAAACCAGGGCUGGAUCCCAACUGCUCCAGGAGACGGAAGCUGCCCGUGCACACACACAGUAAUUGAUGGCCAGUCUGAAUAUGGCAGUGUUCAUUUGGCUUAAAUGUGGAGGAUGUUCUUCACCAGAAUGAACAGGAGGACACACUAUAUUAAACUACUAUAUUAAAACCGCUAUUUCUUAUCAUAAGAUUAUUUGAUUCUGUGUUUUGGCAUUAUGAAUAUUUUGGAUGAUGAAAAACAUUCAGAAAGAUUUACCUGUAUUUUCCUUUUUUUUUUUCUUCUUUUUUUUUCCUGACUGAUUUUCACAGAUCCUUUCAGAAAGUAGUAUUUUUCCAGCCUUUUAAUUGACUCAACAGGAACCUUAUUGUGCCAAGAGUAAACUUUGCCCCCACUGAAUAAACUUGGGGUAAAAACAUGCAUAUGUGCACAUUUUUGUAUAUUAAUGAAGGCUUAUAU